GGUCUUGCAGCAGCAGCUGGGAUGAAGCUUUGGAUCCUAGGAGAGGAGGGAGGGAGAGAGUGGGGGAGAUUUUGCAGGGAUGUUUAAUAUUCAGGUCACAUGAUAUGACCAUGGCAGCGGCAGCAGCAGCAGCAUCCCUGCUUAUCUGAAACAUCUAGUGGAGGAGAGGAAAAAAAGAGAGAGAAGGAGAAAGUGAGAAAGAAAAGCAGAACCUCUGAGACAACCACACUGCACCGGUGUCAGGAGAGAAAAGUGCGUGUGGGGGGGGGGGAAGCCACCGCUCGGGAGCAUAUUCAGAGACAAAGAAAGAUUCAUGUUCAAAGGGUCAGCAGACAACAAGAUUGAGGCAGCUAUGUCUGAGCUGGUGCCGGAGCCCCGGCAAAAACCAGCAGUGCCAAUGAAACCUGUUGGCAUUAACUCCAACCUGCUGGGCUACAUUGGGAUCGACACCAUCAUUGAGCAGAUGCGCAAGAAGACCAUGAAGACAGGCUUUGACUUCAACAUCAUGGUUGUAGGUCAAAGCGGGCUGGGGAAAUCAACACUGGUGAACACCCUCUUCAAAUCCCAAGUUAGCCGCAAGUCUUCAGGCUGGAACCGUGAGGAGAAGAUCCCUAAGACAGUGGAGAUCAAGGCCAUUGGGCAUGUCAUUGAAGAAGGUGGUGUCAAGAUGAAACUGACGGUAAUUGACACCCCAGGGUUUGGUGACCAGAUCAACAAUGAGAAUUGCUGGGAGCCCAUUGAGAAAUACAUCAAUGAGCAAUAUGAAAAAUUCCUGAAAGAGGAAGUGAAUAUUGCAAGGAAAAAACGAAUCCCAGACACGAGAGUCCACUGCUGCCUCUACUUCAUCUCCCCCACGGGUCACUCCUUGCGACCCCUGGACCUAGAGUUCAUGAAACAUCUCAGCAAAGUAGUAAACAUCAUCCCUGUUAUCGCCAAGGCAGACACCAUGACCCUGGAAGAGAAGACUGAGUUCAAACAAAGGGUGCGCAAAGAACUGGAGGUGAAUGGGAUCGAGUUUUACCCCCAGAAAGAGUUUGAUGAGGACCUGGAGGAUAAAACAGAGAAUGACAAAAUCAGGCAGGAAAGCAUGCCGUUUGCAGUGGUGGGCAGCGACAAGGAAUACCAAGUAAAUGGCAAAAGAAUCCUGGGCAGGAAAACUCCCUGGGGCGUCAUUGAAGUGGAAAACCUCAAUCACUGUGAAUUUGCCCUACUUCGAGACUUUGUCAUCAGGACCCACCUCCAAGACCUAAAAGAAGUGACGCACAACAUCCACUAUGAGACCUACAGGGCCAAGCGGCUGAAUGACAACGGGGGGCUCCCCCCGGUGACCGCCGAGACAGAGGAGAACCAUGAAAGUAAUCUGUGAAUCACUCCUCCCACUGUCUGGAUAUUACAGCCCGUCCCAGCUACCCUUGACUUUACUGUAGGCCUGUCUUCAAAGCAUGUGGCACAUCCUCUGUGUGUGUGUGUAUGGGAGAAGGAGCAGGGGCAUACCCUUCUCCUUCCUAGAAUGUCGUCAUUCUUGUUUUUUUGCACAGCAGGCUGUUUGUUGUCUUCCCCUCUCUCGUGUUCUGUGGUUCAGUUGCGUGUCUUGGUGUGGGAAGUAGUGGAGGGAAUGCUGGGAGAUUUGAUUUCUGGCAUUUGGGGUGUUUGGAGAGGAUGACUUGGUUCUGUGUUCGCACAUUUGAAAAGCAUAGAAAGACUCCAAGGACAGACAGAUUGAUCAGUGAGCACAGUGCCUUCCGAAUGGUGGUGGCAUCGGAGAACCUCUUCCUGAAUGUGAGUGGAGUUCCCUGGUGUAGAUGGGGAAGGUAGGUGGUUGAUUAGGGGGAGUGAUAGGUGGCUAUGGCAUAUCCCCUUUUCUCACUGAGGCCUGUUAAAAAAGGGAAGGGGGCGGGGUUAGUGGUAAUUUGUGUCUGGGAGGAGAGAUAUCAUAUUUUCCAGUCCAUGUUCUAACUGGAAGAUGGGUGGUGGUGGGAAGUGAGCACAAAUUAGAUCUUGGACCUUAGGGUUUCAUUGUAAGAUCUAGAAGGUGUUGUUUUACAUUCCCGUCACAGGUGUCUGGGAGGGGAGAGACAACAAAAAACCAGGAACACUAAUUGAGGGACAAAUCCUGAGGUCUUCACUGAGGGCCAAAUAGUGGCAUUUAGCCACUGCCCUGGAAUUGGCAGGGUGUCUCCCUACCCCAGCAGGCAGGGGGCCUGGGUAGGCUGCCCCAUCUUCUAGGAUACUUCAGCUUGCUGCCCCCAAUGUGCUCAGCCCACUUUGCAAGCCAAUGCAAAGGGUGAGGAGAACAGGCCCAGGCAUAGCUCUAUUGCUUCCCUUCCUGUGGGGCGACAUACACCUGCUGGGACACAGCAGAGGGGCAGGCCCUGCACUCCUGCAAUUGACACACAGGGUAGGCUCCUUAUGUAGUCACCCAUGCAAGGGCCACCCAUAAUCUGGCCCCUGGGAGUUUACUUAGGCAGAACUCCCAACUAAGCAAAUGGGCCAAGCUCUUAGUCCUCACUCAGUUUUUACCCAGUAUUUACUUGGACAAACUUGUCUCUGAAGCCAUGGGAGAUGUGCCUAAGUAAAAAAAUGAAUGAGGGCCUUGGAAUGUGCCCUAGAGUUAAUCGCUUGAAACGAAGCCAAUACCAGUAAGCAUGAGUUGCACGUACUAAUGUGAACAUGAGACCAUCCCUUCUUCUUUCCUUAGCACAAAGAGCUGGGUUCACUGGAACUAGCUCAUGGACAAACGGGGCAGAAUUUUGGCUGGCCUGCUGGUCUUGGGUCAAGUGAUCCCCUCUACACCCACCAGUUCUCGGCACACUCUCACUAGUUAGUUAUUGAGGACGUCAGAGGAUGUAUAGAGGGAGAGAAAUAUGUGCUAAGGGAGGGUGAAUGAGAAGGGAAAAGGGAUGUUGACAGCAGAGAGGAAAUCAUCUUUCCCAGGACUGGAGUGAGUUUCCACACAAGAAUACCUCCUAAUUCUGUUGGGAAACAUCAUGGGAUCCCUUUAUCUGCUGUAUAGGAUUCUGCGUUUAGGGAAGGAAGAGAGAAAAAUACACAUGACCCUUGCCCCCCCGGCCAGGGCCACCCACUUUUGACAUAGUGCUGGAGGAUACCAGUCCUUGAGCAAGUGAGAACUGUGAAUAUCUUGUGAGGUUCCUCGCAAAUUUUCCACACUGGGAACCUUUCCACUGGCUUACCCUGGGGCCCGAGCCUCUACUGUGCUUUUAGAUCCUUUGGGAUGAAAUGUGGACAUUAUAGAGAUGUAAAGUUCAUAUCUUAUUUAAUUGCUCGAUGAAGAAAUGCUUUUUAAUCCCCUGGAUUUCUUGCACUAGGGAUCCCUUUCCCCUUCCCAGUCACAGCUAUAUCAUUCUCCAGCUGCCAAACAAACAUGGUCAGUCUCUGCACAGCUUCCAGAUGUGAAUCGCGACUGCUUUAUCAGUUUCCCCCUCUGAUCUUCCAGGAGACGGCCUGGUAUUUGAUUAAGGGACUUGUCUCUCUCUCAGCACUGAGCCUGAGCCCUAGAUUAGGGGUAGAUGUAGUCACUGAAUGGUUAUAUCAGUUUUCUUAAUACUAAGGCCUCUAUUUUGUAUUUUACCUGUGGAGAAACAGCAUUGCAUAAGAACAUAAGAAUGGCCCUACUGUGUCAGACCAAAGGUCCAUCUAGCCCAGUAUC